CGGCGUCCGGCGCUCACAUCCGCUGCGGCUGCGACGGGCUCCAUUUAUCGAUCGGAGGGUGAGAUCAACAGCAGGAUAACCGAGCGGAAGCCUUCUGCCCUCCACCUCCCGGUGCCAGCAGCAGGAUCGCUCGCUUGCUCUCCGCACCAUGGCGGACAACGGCAGCCGAUAUCAAGCGUUGCAGAAUGAGGAAGAGCCUUUGGAAGUGUCAGAAUCUGGUGCUGAGGCUGCUCCUCCACCAUAUAGCAGCAUUGCAGUAGAAAGUGCAGCCUACUUUGAUUACAAAGAGGAUUCUGCAUUUCCAAAGCCCCCAUCAUAUAGUGUGGCAACUACUCUUCCUUCAUAUGAUGAGGCUGAAAGAACAAAAGUUGAAGCAACCGUGCCUCUUGUCUCUGGAAGGGAUGAUGAUUUUUCAGGAAGGGAUGACUUUGAUGAUGCAGACCAACUGAGGAUAGGGAAUGAUGGUAUAUUCAUGCUGACAUUUUUCAUGGCAUUCCUCUUCAACUGGAUUGGUUUCUUCUUAUCAUUUUGUUUGACCACUUCAGCUGCUGGCAGAUAUGGGGCUAUCUCUGGAUUUGGUCUCUCUCUGAUUAAGUGGAUCCUCAUUGUUCGGUUCUCUACUUACUUUCCUGGAUACUUUGAUGGUCAGUACUGGCUCUGGUGGGUUUUCCUGGUGCUGGGAUUUCUGCUUUUCCUCCGCGGAUUCAUUAAUUAUGCAAAAGUCCGGAAAAUGCCAGAUACUUUUGCCUCUCUGCCAAGGACUCGGGUCCUUUUCAUCUAUUAAGGAUGGUUUCCUGGAGAGUGAUUUCCUGCAUCCGUAGGUUGAGCAGCUCGUUCACUAGCAACUGACACCUGCAGGAAGUGGACACAACUGGGACACAGAAGGAGGGACGUGGGGGUGGGCUGGGCGGGAGAAAUUUCACUGCAUUAAAAAGGAAAGUGAGGGCAGUGUUUCAUAUCUAUGUUUUUAGAUGUACAAUUUUAAUAGUGAAUGCUGAAGACUUGUAAUCAUUAAACUGUUCUAGUGGCUUCUGUUGAAGUGCUAUCGCAACUGGUCUGUGAUGUAUUAACAAUGCCUUAUUCAUUUGUAGUCAUUACCUAGCAUGCACUUUGCCCUUCUGGUCAAUAGAGGGCAAAAUUGCUUUACUAUUCCCUCAAGGUUUUAUCGUCAGUGGGUUUAAAAGAAAAGACAACAUAGUAUAGAAAUGAUGCUGGUCAUGAUAUGUUGAAAAUAAUGUGCUUCUUGAAGCUUACUAUCUCUGUAAAAUGGUAAGAUGAUAUGUUAUUGUUUGCAGAAUGGCUCUUCUGCAUUUUAAGAACAGAUUAAAGCACUUUCUGUGCUUUCUGUCAAGAGGUAUUGGACUGUACCUUUGGGUUUUAUUAUAUUCUAAAAUAUAUGACUGUAAAUAAAUCAGAAGAUCUAAUAAAUGUGACUUA